AACAAAACCUUUUUGGGCAGUAGCCUGGACGUGGCGACCAUGCCAACACGACUUCUUAAUGUCUUUUGCGAGCCCAAGGCCUGUGUGUUCAAGAAUCUGGGACGGUGAGGUUUUACUGAAAUCACAGUAAGCUUUUCUCCAGAAGACGUCUCUCCCCUCUCCACCACCAACUCUGUUUUUAAAAAAGAAUUACAUUUUCAGGUGUUAAGAAAUGCUUCUGAAUUGUGGAUUUUAACCGAGGAUGUUAAAUUUUCGCAUCGGAGGCACUGAUGUCAGAUUUUGAAUAAGGUGAAAUACUGAUGAUUGGAGGAAAAAAACCCCAGGAGAACAGGCUGCUAAUGCCUCGGCCACAUCUCCCAGGCUUGUAACAUCCUGAGAUGUAGCGGAAACAGCUUCCACGGCCCCUCCCAGUAGAAAAUUAACACGAAUGACGUGUCCUGUUUCUAUGGAGACAUCUGUGAUGCCAUACACUGCUCCCAGGAUCCGAGAGGACAUGGAAUUUCAGAAGCUGGUCUCCUGCUGGCCUGUGUCAGGGGCAGGUCCACGCUGGGGGCCGUGCUCCCCUUACACCCUGCUCCAGACCGAGAUGCCCAUAGGAGCAGUCUGUCUAAGUUAUCAUUCAGGAGGCAACCCUUGGUCCUUUUGUCCCACCCUCCCGAUGUUGCCUAUCGGAACCAGCACCCCCAAGAAGCGGAGUCUGGCGCCCAACUUGAUGGAGAAGGGCCUGAUGGUCCUCCGGAGUGUGGCCAGCCGGGACUACCAGGCCCCAGAAUGGAAACUUCGCCAGAAACAGCGCUCCCUCAGCAAGUCGGCUCAGGCCAUCAGCAGCUACUACAGGAAGAUGAGCGAAUCCAGGCAAGACGCCAGUGCCGAGGACACCAACUUUGUGUCUGGAAUGGAGGAACUACGAAAGGCAUUUCUCAUGCGUCCUGGCUGCCCCCAGUUUAGCACCAGGGCCACGUCCAUGUCUCACUUUGGUUCAGCCACGACCGUCGCUCUGCCAGAGGAACUGUGUGUCAGCCCCAGGACCUGGAGGAAGAGAGAUGACUCAUUCGACAGCCAGCAGGGUUCAGAUGUGAAGGCGGACGGGCACCUGCUCCCCUUCAGCAAGAGUGCCUGCGAGUUCAAUUACUUGCGGAAGAAGAGCGAAGAGUUGAGCCCGGUCACCAGCACCUCGGUCCUAGAGCAGAGCCACCCGACAAAGCGGAUACCCUGGUACAUCUCGGUCAUCCACGAGAAGGACCGCUGCCUGUUCACGCUGGGGGAGGAAGUCCAGCGCCUCUCUGAGCUGCAGGUGCAGGUUCAGAAGAAAGACGAGGAGAUCUUGGCCCUCCAGGAGGAGCGGGAGGCCCUGAAGAGGCAGCUGAAAUACCUCCUCAAAAGCAAAGGCGAAGAGGCCUCAGGGUACCAGGGCAUGCGGGAGCGGUCCUCAGAGUCUGCACCAAAGGCGGUGGGGAGGCUGAGCAUCCUGAAAUCGUUCUUCAGAGAUGAGGAGGAGCAGCACUGCUUGAGGCAGCACCCAUCCCUCUCUCAGAUGCAAGAGGAGUAUGCCGUGAGCGACAGAGGCAAGGACCUGGAGGCAGGCGGUGUUGAGGAGGAAGAGAGCCUGGAAGGGGAGGCCGAGAGGGCAGCGGACAAGGGAGCACAGGACCGUGAGGGCGGGACGGGGUCUGCACAAGAGGAGAGAGGUCAGGAGGAGGAGGAGGAAGUGGAAUUGGAAGAGGAGAAGGAGGUGCAGGAGGAGGAGGACGCCGACGCCAACCUCGGCAGGAAGAGGACUUGGUCCCUGGACGAGGUGUUUGAGCAGGAGCUGAUGGCGCAGCUGGAGGAGUAUGAGCAGGUGAUCCAGGAGUUCCAGUUCGAGCUGGAGAUCACCAAGACCAGAUACUCCCUCGCAAUAGGGGUCAUCACAUCUUUGCAACGACAAGUGGAUUUCCAAGAAUCCCAGCUGCAAAAGAUCAACACGGAAAACGAGAUGCUGGAGAAGGAGCUGCGAGAGCGGAAGCGUCAGUUACAGGCCAUGUCAGACAAGUUCUCCAACCUCCGAGAAGACAAGAAGCACACAGAGAUGAUGGGGCUCAUUGAGAAGGACAACCGUCUUCUCCGACAGAAAGUGUCGGAGCUGGAGAGUGAACUCACCAAGCGAGAGCAGACCAUCUUGGAGUGUGACGCCAAGGUCAGCCAGCUGCAGGCCCAGGUGGACCUGAACCAGAAGCACCUGCAGAGAUGGAAGCAGCUGCAGGAGGAGAUGCAGAACAAGAAUGAGAUGGUCCAACAGGCAGAGCAGCGGGCCCUCAUGGCCCUGGAGAUCGCCCACUCCAGGCUUGAAAGACUGAGAAACAAGAUCAUCCAGGCCACCUUCAGCACCUCAGGCAUCAAGUCCUUGGCCACCGAGAUCUCUGACAAUGACAUCCUGGAAGUCCUACAGAUCAUCUCGGAGAGAACCGACUACUACAAUCAGUUGAAAAUGAAAGGGGUCAAAGUUCCUCCCCUGCAGCAGCUGGAAAUCUUAUCCUCGGUGGGCAAACCCAAGAAGCCGGCCGCCAAGUAGGCCCCGCCCCACCCCCAGGUCUGGCCGGCCGCGGAGGCAGGACCCGCUGGGGAAGCGUCCCUGCGCCCUGCGGCCCCGCCUCUGCGCGCUGAUUCCGGAGUAAACCUUGCUGUUGGC